AUGUCGUAUAGAAAUAAUAAUAAUAACGAAAACCUUGAUGAUGAUCGUGAACCACAACCGCAAUAUAGUUCACGUAUUGUUUACAGUACAAGUCGAAAACGUUAUGAUGUAAAUCGAGAUGAUAAUCGUAAUAACGAAGAUGAACAACAUUCAGGCGACAAUCACUCAGAGGAUGAUCAUAAUAACUAUGAACACAACGAUGAUAAUGAUGAUGGACUAAAUCGUGGACGAGGUCGAGGACGUUUUCGCGGACGAGGUAGAGGGAGAGGGCGAUUUCGGGGAAGAUUUCGUGGUAUGCCAAUGUUUGGAAAUCCUUAUCAUUCAUUUCCACCGUAUAAUAAUUAUAUGAAUGUUCCAAGUGGUAAUAGUUAUAAUGAUUAUCCACCAACAUAUCGGUAUAAUUCAAAUUAUGGUGCUCCAUAUUCGUCAUUUAAUGAUUAUCCUCCAUCUUAUUAUGGCUCUGGAUAUCGAUCUGGCUAUGGUUAUAAUAUGGGAAAUCAAUAUGGCUAUAGUCGACCAUUUUUUCGCGGUCGAGGACGCCGCGCAGGAUUUCGAGGGCGUUCACGUGGUCGUGGAAAUAAUAACAACCGUGACACCGAUAAUGAAAAUGGAAAUGAACGCGCCGAUAAUGAUCGUAGAAGACGUCGACCAGGCGAUGAUGGUGAAGACCAAGGAGACAAUGCUGAUCAAGAACAAGAUAAUCAACAAGAUGGAAAUAAUACAAACAAUGCGGGUACUAGACAAAGACGUCGAAAUCCUAGAAGAAGAAGAAAUCGUUCACGUCGUAAUACAAAUGCGUCACAAGGUGGAGACGCAACUAGCGGCAAAGAAAAUGAUGAUACAACACCACCGACACAUUUAAAUGAUGCCCAAAUUGUGAAAUCGGUUGUUCGUGGUAUGGUUAAUAAAGUAUCAAAGAGAGUUCGUCGACGAAGUCAGCGUCAUAGUGGUACACAAAAUGACAAAGAUCAGACUGCAACAGAUGGUGAACAGGCGAACGAAAAUUCCAAGGAUACAGUUAAUCAACGUGAUGGACGCGGUGGAAGGGGACGCGGGGAAUUUCGAGGUGGAUUUCGAGGUGGUUUCCGUGGUAGAGGAGGUUAUUAUAACUAUUAUAAUGCAUAUUAUGGUGGUUAUCGUGGUUUUCGAGGUGGAAGACGAGGAAGAAAUAGAGGUCGUGGACGCGGUGGAAAUCAACAUGAUGACAGUAACAAUGACAAUCAACAACAGUCAGUGAAUAAUAAUAACAACAGUGAAAAUAAUGAUCAAGUAAAACAGCAAACAGAUGAAAAUACACAACAAAGUUCAGGCGAUAAUAGUACACGGGAAAAUCGAAAAGAAACUGACAAUAACAAUAGUAGUCAACAACAAGGUGCCGGUGAUUUUAGAGAACAGCGAACUGAAGGAACUAAAGAAAAUGUAAAUGUUUAG